AGAGAGAUUCUACAUCUUGAUUUUGGAGAUUUUCUCUCUCCUAUUAUAUCUCUUAUUUUUUUUCAUUUAUCCCACUAAAUACCCUUACCAAUAAAUUCUCAAUAUUUUUCGAGCCAAUCUAAUUAUUUUGGUGAAGGAUAAACAUGUUAUGUGAUAAAAAAAAGUAGAAUUUCUUUUUUCAUUGAAUGUUAACAAUCAUAGUUACCAAACAAUGAACAUUUUCAAAUCUUUUUUCAACAAUCAAGAGAGUUAAAAUCUUUGGAUUGUCUAGAAUCUAGAGAUUUAGACUCCAAUUCUCCAAACGAGCCCUAAGUAGCUUAUAUUAGGAAUAUCAUAUCCCUUUCCUUUACAAAGGGGAACAAAGAUUGUUUUCUGAUAGACCUUCUCCAUUAUAAUUUUCAUGGUUCAUAUAUAUAUAUAUGCAUGGUCAUGGAGUGUUGUAGGAAAAGAACAUUGAUAAAGAUAACUAUCCCUUAUAGUAAGGAAAAUGAGCAUGUGAAGAAGGACGAGGAGAAGCUGUUGAAAGACAGAGAACCUACCUAUUUUAACUCUUUGUGUCCUUCAAUUCCAUUAGAAUUGACGAUAUGAGUUUGGUUACAUAUGUAUUGUCAUCAUAGGUUAUGGUCUUAUUCAGUUAUCUUCUUUCUCGAAUGGAAGCCCCCCUAUCACAUAUAUGUUAGUAUCCCAUCUCAAUUAUGGUUCUUAGUUGAAUUACAUUGGUUGGUGAUUGAAAACAUCUAUACAUAAUGUGACUGGACAAAUUAGUGUUGUCAAUUAAUUAGAUUUGAUAUUCACGAUAUAACGUGUCUUGACUCAUCAUGUGUUGGUAUUAUUCUGCCUCGUCGUUUUCUUCCUGUAAGUAUUACUGACCUGAGCUGAUGUACUCAUCGCAUAGUAGUUUCUCAGAAAACGAUUGGUUUCAAAAACUCAAAUUGUUGGGGAAAAUCAUGAUAGAAUCUUAUGACAUUCGCUUACACCCCUGUUUAAUGAAAGUCGAUUCACGGAUUUAGACAAAUCGUUAACAUAAUGUCAACAAAUUCUCUAAUACAAUUAAUAUCAAGUACCAUUAAAUCAUAUUAAUUCGAGUUGUCGGAUGAAUUUCAGCCUAACUUCUUUUGUAAAAAUUGGACCAAAGAUGUUUACUGCUGGGCUACACUCAUGUCCCAUGGGUCUCCCCUCCAAUUGUUCAUGUCAAAAGGCAAAUAAGCUUUCCUUAUAUGCAUUCAUCCAUUUGGAUCCAGUCCUUUCCCUUUCACUUUUCUGCUUAACAUUGGAUACUUUGUCUUUGUAGUUUUUUCUCCCCUACUGUUUAAGAUAAUUGGAUAUUGUUGUUUGUUUGGGUGUGUGUCAAUAAUGGCGAUAAGAAUAGAAACCGGCCGCCUGCAUGCAUUUUUGCUCGAGGGUGGGAGAGAAAAUUAACAUUCAUUUGCUCCCUCACAUCACAUGGAAGCCUCGUGCGAGGAUGAGGUCCAGAGGGAAACACCAAAUUGGGCAUACUUUAAUUAACCACGUCUAGGCACGUCAAGAGGUCGGUAACAUUAUUUUAUGUGUGCUGGUGAGGAAAUCUUAUAGGAGGGUUAGUAAACCUAAUUGGUCAUUAAAUUAUGAUUAACUGCACAAAACCGCCCCUCGAUUUGCAAGGUGUGACAAAGUGAAUGUGUCUACUUAACCUAAUUUUCGUCCAAUAUGCCCCUUUUGAAUCUCAUCACGAUAGCUCAUAGCAAUCCAAGCAUGUGUCUAUUUAAUCGGUACGUACCUAACCGAAAAUCCCAUUCCAAAGUCUAAACCGAUUGACUUGUCCGUACGUACAAACUCUUCUCUCUUCUAAAAAAAACACAAGUUUCUUGAAGAGGGAGAAGGGGAAAAUGCCGUCACUAAAAAUUGUACACACGAUCUUACAAUGGGAUGUGUGCCUACUCACUAGUUAAGAUUACCCUUUUGAAAAAUUUUCUUUCGUUUUAAACUUUAGAGCGCAAUCAGAUUUUGAGAACCAUCCUCUAGUUAAGCUUACCCUUGUUCGCAUUGUAGAACAAUCUUACUAAACCCAGCUUCCAAACAAACCACUCUCUCUUGUAACGUAUUUAAUUUCAAAUUAAUGUGUUCAAUCAAAUAAAUAAAAAAACUCAUUACGCAAGUUAUUUAUUGGUGUAUUUCAUUAUAUAUCCCAAUAUUUAAAAGAGCCCCCCAACUGCGUAAAUAUCACUAACAGAACACAUUUGUCAAAACUGGAGAAAAAAGUAUAUAAACUAAGAGGAAUUUUACAAUGCUAUAUAGUAUUGGUGCUAUAGGUUUUUUCUUUUAUGGUAUAACUUGAAGUUGUACCUUUAACGUUAUGGUACAACUUUAGAUUGUACCUAUACUCUUUUGUCAAAUUGUUUUAUGGUACAACUUAAACUUGUACUUUCAUUUGAUGGUACAAGUUUAAGUUAUAAAGUUGUACCAUAACAUAAGAGCACAAAUUCCUUUAUGGUACAACUUUACAUUAAAGUACCAAUACUUUAUAACAUAAUAGAAGUGCUCUAUAAAUUAAUAGCCUAUUAAAUAAUUAAUUGUUAAUCAAACCACAGACCAGAGUCGCUGAUUUUGUUGGGAGAUUGGAGCGGCGGAAUAAUGCUUCCCACGACGACGCGGUCAAAUAGGCUUUCUGUAUAUAAAAUAUCACACUUGACCAGCAUUUGGUCGGGCCGUGGGCUAGCUAGCAAUAGCAUAGCAUAGCAUAGCAUGCAUCUUCGACUUUCAGAAAAAGGAGAUGGCCGAUGGAGUUGUUUUUGUUUAUUCAAUAUACAGACGACAUAUACACGUAGUACUGUUAAAUUAAUACGAACGUACUCUGCUACAAAUUUAUUUAUGGCACCUCUCUCAGUCUCUCUCCGCCGGCCGGCUGAUGAGUUUAAUUCGCCGCCGACAUUAUUGGCAGCAGAAACGAUCGAAGUGAUGAAAAGCAUCCAUGAACUUCCUAUCCGGCGGCACAUGUACAAUUAUUUCCCUUUUAUGGACGAUUUUCCUGUACGUUCUUGAUCGGCCGGCGCUAUAGCUAGCUAGCUGUUCCAGAUUUCUCUUCUUAAUGCCUAGCUUACAGUCCUUGUAGUAUAUUUUGUACAUUUGGGCUCGUACUUGUAAGGUCACUUGUUGAAACAUGGAACCCAUGAGGUUAAUUAAAUCCCAGUCUUCUAUAUAGAUAGUAAGUGAGAUCCAAGAGAUAGAUGUACAUUUGAGUGCAACUGUUAUACGUUAUUAAGUGCUUUCGUCGCAGAACCUUCAAUGUGUUACGUUAUUUUUGUUGGGGUUUCGGAGAAAAUCGAACCCGCAAAUUAUGUCAAUUGAUUUUUCUUUCUCUCAUUAAGUCAAGUUACUGCAUGCUCAGAACAGAAGUCUGCAAUGAAAAAAUCAAGUCCACUCUAAUUAUUUGGCCAGCAAGUAAGCCGAGUGUGACUAGCUAGCUGUAACAAUUGUUGUGUAAGUUUUUGCAAUCUCGAUGGGAUAAUUUAAUGUCUUUUUUCUUCAAUUCAUAAACACGAUUUAAGGCAGAAAUGACAUGGGUUGUAUUGCUAACCAUAUGUGCUGUAAUUACAUGCUACAAAUUAUCAUGAAAACCAAUUGAGGCCUUUUGUAGCAAAAUGCAAGGGAAAAAUGGAUUUUUUUUUGGGAGUGGUUUAGAGUUUGAUAGAUGAUCAAACAAGUGAGUUCAGCUUAAAAAGGUGUGUGGUUGGUUGCCUCAGAAGCUCAAAGUACAAAAAGCGCAAUCUAAAACCUCUCUUAGUCUCUUCAAACGGACCAUUUUCGCAUUUAGAGGAGCAAUCUAUAGCUAGCUUACAGUUUAACGAGGCAACAAAAAGAGGUUUUGUCGUUUUGAUAAUGAUGAUUAAGGCAAAAAAAUGAAAGGGGACUAAUUAUAGACCCAAUAUUAAACUAUAUACUCGAGGCUUAUAUAUAUUCAGACUGGCCAAACCUUUUCUGUUUCCUUUUCAGUUUGUGAGGAAUGGAUGAAACAUUGAACUAAUAGAUUGUAUACAGAGCAACUUUAAUCAUUGAAGACAACAACAGACUAUGAAUCCCUUGCAAAGAAGUUUUGAACUUGAAUUAGUGUGUUGAGAAGACCUGUCAUGUCCCAUGAUUACUCCUAAUUAAGGUACUUUAUGGAUAUCCUUAUUCUAAUUAAGGGUGCCACAAGUUUUCCCUUUUACGUGUGUGAAAAAUUGUGACACAUGUUUGAAUCUACGAGCUAGUGUGCAUUUUCCUUAAUCACCAAAACCGAAAUGAUUAAGGGCGUAAUAAAUAAGAAUUUAAGCUGGUUUUUUGGACUAUCUCGGAAGAUUAUAGUGUUACAAAUUAUAAUUACAUCACUAAUACAUGUAAAAGCAACCAAGCAAACAACAAGUAGGAAGCGAUUAAACAAAUAACUAUCUACUUAAUAUUGUCGAAUCUUCCUUCAUUUCCGAGUUUUCUUCUUGGUACGACACACAUAACGUGAAAAAAUGCGAUGAACAACUAAUUCGAGAGCGAGACAGUCCUCAUAUCUUGAAGACGCUUCACCAUAGUAAACAAAGUUUGCGAUAUAUUGCUGAAGUGGCAAGACACAAUCCAACAUAUUGUUCUGUCGUGGCAAAUGCCUCGUAAUCACCUAAGUGAUAUGAUUUUACCAAAAAAGCACAUGGGAAACAUAAAAUUGUGCAGGACAAGUGGUUUGCAACUUGCAACCAGUCCUCUCCUCUACGACAUAGUUAGUAAAAUACGGUACAAGAAAGUUACAUAUAAAAUACGUAUGAAUAUUUUAUUUCUUUUAUAAGCUAAUGUUACGUUUAAUAGUACGUUAAUAGUCAUAAAUAUAUAAAAUUAAUUAUUUUAGAAAUAAAUAAAUAAAUAAUAAUAAAGUUAACAAUUUAAUUCAUUAAGUAUGGAUAUCAAACUUAUUAUACGGGUUUUAUACGUGUUUAGUACGAGAGCCAUAAAAUAAACAGAAAAAAAAAAUCAAACGGCUUGACAAUAAUUCGGAUACUGAAAUUUUAAAUGGAUAAAAUAGGUAUAUGUAAAUAUUCGUGUAUUAAACGGAAUAUUUACUAACUAUGCUCUAGGUCCUACUAUCCGUAGAAGCUGGGCCCGUGGCCACUCUUCCUUUCCGCAUUUGCCCGUUGCAUAUGUGGUGGGAGCGGGCUGGGCCGGGCCCAUCUGGGACUCCCAAAAAUCUUGCAGGCUGCAACUGCCUCCAUUUAUUCAUUUGCGUCACCCACGGCCAUUAACCUCGCACUAAAGAAGGGAAAAGUACUGAUUGGCUCCCAACUUAAUUCGAGGAAAAUAUCCGUCCCGGCACCGACCGGCGCCGUUUGACGGGGUUAGGUAAAAAGCACAAAAAAGGCGAGAGAGAAGGAGGACCGCAAAAACCGUUGUCAGAAAGUUAAACUCAACCGGACAGGACGAGUACUCGCAUAUUUUACUCCUUACAUUUUGGUCCUCUUUUCCAGCUUAUGUUAACUUUCAAGUUUCAAGCAAGUCCCCUAGUUCAAACUGUACCUUCAACACUCUUUGUACUUUCAUAAUACAAAAUCAGUAGAAUCGCUUGAUAUUCAGAUUGAGAGAAAAAAAUUCGAUUUGAUAUUGAACUCCUUAAUCAAAGAUAAGAUAUCAAAGAUUGAAAGUUCGUCAAAGCACCUUCAUAAUCUAGAUCGCUGAAAUUCGCUCAUUCUUUUGACGGACUAUAAGCUUUCCAAAUUGUCAUAUGUCAAGUGGAGUAUGUGAUCAGGUUAAUCAAAGACGAAGUUAAAAUGAAUUAUUUUCAUUUAUUUGGAGCUGGAAUUUAUGUGUAAAUCAAAAUUUUAUUGAGUUUCGUACAAUUAGUAAACGAGUUGAACACAUUCUAGAUUAAACAUUCGACGCACAUUAGUUUAGGGACUGAUUUGUACAUAUACCAAAUGUUAAAAACCUAAAAAAAAUAAAAAAACACAAAGGAAAAAACAAAAACAAAAAGGAGAGAUCCACGGGGGCUCCAUCACCGGCUUCUUCUCCUCCUUCACUUGCCGUUGAGCUCUUAAUUAAGACGAAGAAACCUCUCCUCUCCCACUCCAUCUCUCAGAUUGCGACGCCCUGCCACGUUUCCCUCCCUCUCCGUUUCCUCCAUUACCUUCUUCUUCUUCUGUCAAGUGUCAAUCGCGUUUUCGCUACGGCAGCUGCCGAGGUUUCAUCGUCUUUAAUCUUUAUCCAUAUAAAAGCUCUCCUCUCUCUCUCUCUCUCUCUCUAGAGCGACUGUUAAACUGAGAAAAUUCCCGCUUACGUGACCUUUCUCGCUUCCUUCCCCAUUUAUUACUCCCAAAGUCUCCUUCCUUCUCUCCCUUUCGAUCCCCUCUAGCUUUCCGUUUCCUUUACUUCCACUCCAUCGCCGUGGAAGCCUUCACCGGUAAGCUUCACCACCGAAUCUCUACCUUAUAAUUCCACCAUUCGUUUGUUUUUUUUACCUGUACCGGAUUUGGAUUGUUUGGUGAGCGAGCUAUUGGGAGGAGCUCGGAUUUUUAGUGAUGGUGAUUUAGUCUUUUCCUCUACUCUUUCUUGUUUGGUUCCUGAGAGCCAAGAAAAAUAGGCGGAAGGAUGGGGAAUCGGAGUGGUGGUGUGAAUCUCUUGUUCGACUCUGGACAUUGGAGAAUCCGUCGGGCUGUUGAAUUGGUGGAGCCUAGCCUGUGUCGGCCAGCCGGGAUGGGGAAAUGCGGCUUCGAGAGAUUCGGCCUCUUGGCUUGUCCUGCAUUUGUAUAGGCCGGCUGAUUGGGGAUUUAGGGCUUUGAUUGUAUUAGAUUCAAAUCCCUAUCCGAGUUGAUGACGGGAAUUCUUAUGUUUCUAUGAAGUUCCAUAGAAGUUAGAAAGCGGAUCUUAGAUAGGCUGUUUUCUUCAUAUGAUUUCUGGUUUCCUUUCUCAGGUACUUGAUUCAGUAAUUUUAUCAGUUACUUCAAUUGGAUUGCAUUUAUAUUCACGGUGGUUUCUCUUUUCGUUUGAUGCAGUAAGCAGUAUACCUGAUUGCAUUUCCAUUAGUGAUGGUUUGUCCCGUUCAGCUUAAGCAGAAGAUGGGUUGAGAGGGUUUACUUGCUUACUCCACAGUUUAUCUGGAUUUCGGUGACUAUGGCUAUUGCUGCUGGCCUGCAAAAUGUUUCGGUACUCGAUUCAUCUUUCCUUAGGGACUCGCAGUCGGGAUCAGUCCGCAACCAUGGCAAUGAUGGGAGGGGUAGCACCCGAGCGGUCCUGAGGAUGUGGAGGGAGCUUGAGGAUGAGCAUGGGGUGAGCCAUGGGCAAGGUAGGGUUGGUGAGAGAUUGCUGCAAUACAGGGGUGAGGUAUUGAGCAAUCUGUCCAGAGGGGAUGACGUUUCUGAUGGGAACCAUAGUGGUAGUGAUGAACAUGAGGAGAUGAGGACUGUGAGUGGAGGUGAGAGUGAGUAUGGACUUGAGGAGGAUCGAUCCGAUCUUGGGGAGACAGAGAGGGAGAGAGUGAGGCAAAUUUUUCGGGAGUGGAUGAGUAGUGGUGCCAGAGAACGUAGUAUACCUCAUGGCUCAAGGAGAACUGGGUCAAGGGCGGAAUGGCUGGGUGAAACCGAGCAGGAGAGAGUUAGAACCAUACGGGAGUGGGUACAGAGGAAUAAUCAUGGUCCUGCUGCUGGACAGAUUGAACAAGUUCUUGAUGGUCUUAAUCUUCAUCGUAGUGAAGGCCCACCAGAGCAGCAACCCAGAAGAGGGAUCCGUCGACUCUGUGGGAGACAGGCUCUCCUUGACAUGAUUAAGAAGGCUGAACAAGAAAGGCAAAGAGAGCUUCAAGGUUUGCUGGAGCAUAGGGCUGUUACUCAAUUUCCUCAUCGUAACAGGAUUCAGUCGUUACUCAGAGGCAGGUUCCUCCGGAAUGGCAGAAUGAUUGAAAACGAGAGACCUAGAUCCACAGCAGCACGUGAGUUAGGUUUGCUGCGGGAAAGACAUUCAGUAGCCGAUUUAAGGGAAGGGCUAUUUUCCAGACUGGACCGUUCAGCUUCUGGUCAACUAGCCACCAAUGCUUCUGAUACCUCGUCUAACAUCGAAAUAAAUGGGUACGGAGCUGAGCAUUCAGGAGCAAAUGAUUUACAGAGGGCUGCAAGUGAGUCUCCUCGUCAAACACAGUCAAGUUUUGGGGAAAGUAACAGCUGUAUAACGGCAGAUGAUAGAAGCACUACUGGGUCUAUCACGCAUCAAGAUGUGGUUGCCGAAGGAUCUGUUGAUUUUUUAGAGGACAUGUCUGGGCAACCUUCUCAGGAUGUGGACCCGAGUGAAGAUGAGCAAUCAUCUGGUGAUAAUACAGAAGAAAUGAACAGAGAUUUGCAGGAACCUACAUUUCCACCAACCAUGGAGAAUGGAGGACGAACUCCUGGUGCAGGUGAAGCAUUUUCUCAACAAUCUGAGUCAAAUGAGAUGGAUUAUUCUGAAAGCAGUGCAGUUGAUCAUCCGAAUAAUCAUGCACGAUCAGAAGAGCCUGAGAACCUAACUUUUGAAAGUGAAGCCCCCGCUGAUGAUUGGUUCGGAAACCGUGAUGAUACAGCUGAGGCCUCUGGAGAAUGGCAUGAAGAAGAUGGUGGUGAGUUUCAGGAGGAUGUGCAAAGUUGGUUAGAAGAAGAAGAGCCUUCUUCUUAUUCUCAGGAUACUGCUGCUGUUGGAAGGAUGGAUCAUCCAUUUUAUUAUACUGAUGAUGAUAAUGUCUACAGCGAGGAGAUCAGGGAACUUCUGAGCAGGAGAAGUGUGUCUACUCUACUUCGAAGUGGGUUCCGUGAGAGUCUCGACCAAUUGAUACGGUCUUAUGUGGAAAGGCAAAGUGGUAACUCUCAGCUUGACUGGGAACUGCAAGAAGAAACAUCUCCUAGCUUACUGGAACAGGAGUUGGCUCAUCAGCAUACGACUGUUGAUCAGAAUGUCAGUCGAGGAGGUCGUAUCCCGAAUCCUCCACCUUUACCACCGUCACUACCUGUCCAAAGGCUGUGGGACCGGGAAUCACAGCAUUACCACUGGCCUCAACAUCAUGAAAUGCAUCCACGCUUUGGCAUUGAGUGGGAUAUUAUCAACGAUUUGAGGAUCGACAUGGCUAGGCUGCAACAGAGAAUGAACAACAUGCAGAGGAUGAUGGAAGCCUGUAUGGACAUGCAACUCGAGCUGCAGCGCUCUAUCAAACAGGAAGUCUCUGCUGCUCUCAAUCGUUCCCCUGAAUCUCCAGGGACAUGCGAGAACAGUUUCCCGGAGGAUCCAUCGAAAUGGGAGCACGUGAGGAAAGGGAUGUGCUGCGUAUGUAAGGAGAGCAGUAUUGAUUCCUUGCUCUACAGAUGCGGGCACAUGUGCACAUGCUCAAAGUGUGCCAACGCGUUGGUCCAGACCAACGAAAAGUGCCCGAUGUGCAGAGCGCCUGUAAUUGAGGUCAUCCGAGCUUACUCCAUCUCUUAACUCGAUAGAAAAGAUACGUCAAAAUGGUGUGUUUCUUUAGCAAGUAGAGAAUUGGAAGAAAAUCUGGGAGGGAGAAGUGUCUGGUUUUCUUUUUGAAGUCGCCAGGUAUUUAUCUGUUUUCCCCCUUUUGAUAGUGGGUGUCAGAUUGUAGUUUGGCUUUUGCAAACUUUCUUCUGUUUACUAUAUAUAUACAAAUUACUUUGAAUGUAUGUGAAUAACAAGAGAUGGAACAAGUAUUACCAUAGUUCCACAUUUGGCUACGAUACUGUUGCUAAUGCAGCAAGCUGACUUCCUUAAACUACAGUCUUGAUGUCUCAACUGUUAGAUGCAUAGUGUCAUUUUCUUUUGAGUAAUGUUUUUACGUAUAUUAUCGUCGUAUGCGCAUUCCUUGACAUGUAAUCCAACGACGUUAGCUCGUGUUGAUGUUCAACCAUCAUAAUGCUAACCGACUACAGGGAUGAUGAUCUGGAAAGUGCCAGAGAAUCAUCAACGUGUUUGCUGUUUUUCAACCACCGAUUCAAUUUAUUAGGUUGUUCCCCUAAGUAAGAGUGAUGCAAUGUGAAGUAUCACCUACCAUAUUAUCGACAUAACUAUACAUUCAAUAUAUUAUUUUUUUUAGGGGUGCUAUACGGUCCGGUUAAAUUGGAUCAAAUUGAUCCGGUCCCAGUCCGGUCUUUUCGGGAAUAUAAGGAUCAAAGAUUG